CUCACCCAAGUCGGUCCUCACCCCGACACUAAUUUUGCUCUCUUUCUGUUCGCACUUGCCACUGCCUCUUUACUGUUCAAGCUGAAUGGUGACAACUAGAAAAAGGUUUCCGAAUUCAGAACUGAAACAGCGAGUGUAGCUUAAGAAAUGGCGAUGGCUAUGGUCAGAUCCAGUCUUCUUAGAACCGCUUUGCGCGGUGGCUCACGACCUUCUGCCCCUGUCAAGCGCAACUUUUCCUCCUCUGCUCGCCACGACGACGCUCGCGAGGCAGAAAAAUGGGAAAAGAUAACAUAUGUUGGCAUAGCAACAUGUACUGUUUUGGCCAUUUAUAACCUAUCAAAGGGUCAUCCCCACCAUGAAGAGCCUCCUCCAUACCCAUAUUUGCACAUUCGCAACAAAGAGUUUCCAUGGGGUCCAGAUGGGCUUUUUGAGAAGAAGCACCACCACUAAGACAUUCAUAGCCCUACGUAUAAAAAAAAACUAAGACAUUCAUAGCCCAACAAGGGGAUAUUUUCCAGAACCUUUGUGUUUAGCACAGUCCUCGUUCUGUCAGGUUGUACUGUACUACCUCCGGAUGUUGAUGAUAGCUCUCGCUCUAUCUGUGCAUUAUUUUCUUUUUUGAUAGCAUCUUUUUGUACAUUAUCAAUAGUGGCUUAAUACUUGCAAGCGACAAGUUGUUUAGUACUUGUUUAUAUCCUUUGUUGUGAACACUCUUUUAGCAGCUAAAUAAAAUCGAUGAUGGAGAGUAUGGUUUGCCUA